AUGAACACCCGACUCGCCGAGUUCCUGGCCAUUGGUGAGGAGGUCACGGAUGCUGAAGAGGAAGCCUUCCUCCUCUUCAGUCAAGAGAUCCCCUCGAGCAACCUGGGGUUCGUCGACUCCCGCGCUACGACCGUCGAUGUGACGAUCCGUGGCGGCGAGUACUCAAUCCACCAGUCUCCGACGUUGCUCUCGUCCUCUCGUGCCGGGGGCACAACGGGCGCCGUCCUCUGGAAAAUCACACCCCACUUCGCGGAAUGGAUAUCCUCCCCUUCCAAUCCUCUCCGAACACACGGCUUCCUUUCCUCGGACUCCGUGGUAACCGAGCUCGGCUGCGGCAUCUCUGCCCUAGUCGCCUUGGCCGUGGCCCCCACCGUGCAACACUACAUCGCCACGGACCAAGAGUACGUCCGGCGUCUGUUUCGCACAAAUGUUGACGCCAACGCGGCUGUGAAUGCACCCUCGGCCAAGCAAAGGGGUAGUAAAGCUAAAGGAAAAUCUGCAACUAAAAAGCAGUCCGCCGGGAUCCCGACGGCUUCUAAUAUCACAUUCACUACCCUGGACUGGGAAACGGAUCAACCCGGCUUGCUGAAGGGUUGUAUCGAGUCUGAGACCAGUGGCCGUGAUACGCUUCACAAUAAUGACAAUGACGUCGAAGAGGAGGAUCUAGGCUUCGACCUUUUGCUCUCUUGUGAUUGUAUCUAUAACGAAGCUCUCGUCGCACCAUUUGUGCGCACAUGUGCUGAGAUUUCUCGUUUACGCCCUGCGUAUCAACCUUCAGAGGAAUCGGACUCUCAGUCUCGUCGCCCGCCGACGGUCUGCAUCAUUGCGCAGCAGCAGCGCUCCCCGGAUGUCUUUGAGACCUGGCUUCGGGAGACCCUACGAGAGUUUCGUGUUUGGAGGUUAAGCGAUGAGGCUCUCGGGGAUGGGCUAAAGGGUGGCAACGGGUACUUAGUACAUUUGCUCAUGGUGAGGGAGAAGAAUUGA